GCAAAAGUAGUAGAAAUUUUGAGUCUUUAUUUGAACAGAUUUAAGCUCUGUGUUCCUUGAAACAGUUCUUUGAAAAUUGGUUUUGUUACUUGUCAUUGUUCUAUAUCUUUGCGAUUUUGUUUGGAUAGGUCGGUAAGAGUUUGAGUCUGACUUUGAUAAAGCAUCACAUACAAGGAAAAUAUCUUGGCUUUGUGAUAAAUGCAAGUCUUUUAUCUUCCAUUUUGGAUUUUUCUGGCAAAACCUGCAUCUUUCCCCUGUUUUUAUUCCAAUAGUACUUCAGAUAAUGCAGUAUUUAGUAUUUACACUUGUGCACAUAGAUGAAAGACGGUAAUGUGUGUUCUUAUGUGGGUUGAGAGGGUUUCUCCUUGCUUCUGAGCAAUUACCAAUCUCUUAUCUCUAUUUCCUAGCCUUUGUAAGAUUUUAAAUGCUACUGAAAAUGGAUGCAGCAAUUCUGUACCAGACUGGAGAGAGGAGCAGGCCUGUUUGACGUUGUGGUACUAUGGAUAAGAUAUAUAAUUUCCAAAUCCUAUUACCAAAUGGCACAACCAUCCGUUUGAAAUUGCAGAAUCCUGAGAUGAAAAUGCCAUUCAGAGAUUUCAUUGAAAGGGUGGAAAAGGAAUACGUCCGCACUUGGAAACAAUCAGGCUCACUAAAGCGGAAGCGGGAGAUUAACUGGGAAGGUGGUAGCUUUCUUCUUGUAGAUGCUGAUGAUGUGAAGAUACAAAAUGUAGUGAAUUUCAAGAAUUUCAAGCCACAAGAGUGCCACAUUCUAAGACUCCAAGAUGGUCUUGAGGACAGCACUACUACUUUUGAGAACAUGUGGGAUUUGACUCCCGACACUGAUUUACUAAAGGAGCUACCCCAAGAGUAUACAUUUGAGACUGCUCUGGCAGAUUUGAUUGACAAUUCUCUGCAAGCCGUAUGGUCAAAUGAUAGGAGACAUGGCAGACAUGUAAGUGUGGUUGCUGACGAAGAUAUGAUCUCAAGAGGCUGGCUUCAUUAGGAAGGCUGAGAUCGAUUGAUCUUUCUCUCAGACUAUCCUCACUUUCUGUGGUUGCUUGCUAGCUUUUUCAUGAGGAGGAUUCAAUUUGGGUUGGUGUCAAGCACCUUUCAUCAUAUUGAUUUUUAUUUAAUUAUGGAAAUGAACCAGAUAUCACAAUCAUCUAUACAAUAUGGUUCGGGACCAUUGCUAGAGUUAAAUCAAAAGUUUCACAAACACAGAAAGGUUGGACCUCCACUUUCUUCCAGUUUAGUUCGUACUCAGAUUUGCACAGUAGUACAAUGAUUUGUGACAUGGAUCCAUGUGACUACGAGUCUUAUUAAUGUGGAUUAGAAGCAAAAUUAUGUAUCUAGCUAGCUACCUCUAUCUUGUGACAUGCAUUAUGGUAUAUGCUGAGGGAAUGUUAUGAUUGAUUGUGUUCAUCUACCAGAAAUUAAGAAAUGCCAACAACAACUCUCUGUUAAGAUG